AUGUCGAACAAACAGGGCAAGAUGGCCGGUUACAUCAAUUACCGGAUGCGAGUCACCCUCAACGAUGGGCGACAAAUGACCGGUCAGAUGCUGGCAUUCGACAAGCACAUGAAUAUCGUUCUUGCCGACACCGAGGAGUUCCGACGCAUCAAGCGGAAGCAGGCCAAGCCUGCGGUUCCUGGCAAGGAGGGUGCUGCUAGCCAGACGAUCGAGCAGGAAGAGAAGCGGACGCUGGGAUUGACGAUCGUGCGGGGUGCUCAUAUCGUGUCACUGUCUGUCGAAUCGCCGCCCCCGGCAGACCCCAGCGCGCGACUUGGCAAGACGAGUGGUGGUGGUAUCGCGUCUACCCUCCAAGCCGGCCCUGGUGUGGCUCGGCCUGCGGGACGUGGUGCUGCGGCACCCAUCUCUUUGGCCGGCCCUGCUGCUGGCGUUGGCGGUGGCGCUCCCCCGCCAUUUCCUGGAUUCCCCGGAGCCCCUCCAGGUGGUUUUGGCGGUCGUGGUGGUCCCCCUCCUCCUGGGUUCCCUGGUGGCUUCCCGCCCGCAGGAUUCCCCGGCAACCCUCCCUUCCCUCCUCAAGGCUUCCCUCAGGGCGGACCUCCUGGCGGCUUCAACCCGCCACCUCGUCGCUGA